AAGCCUCAUUGGUUGGAGUGCGUUGACGUUUUAGAGUGCCGCCGCGUUUUCCUGUGCGGUUCUGGGUUCGGAGUACCAGUUUUGGGUGGUCGUCCCAACUCGGGCUGUUGGGAUUGAUGGCACAGAAACCGCUGCGCCUCUUGGCUUGUGGAGACGUUGAAGGAAAGUUUGAUGUUUUAUUCAAUAGAGUUCAAGCAAUUCAUAAGAAAAGUGGAAACUUUGAUCUGCUGUUGUGUGUAGGAAAUUUCUUUGGUUCCGCUACAGAUGCUGAAUGGGAGGAGUAUAAAACUGGCAUCAAGAAAGCUCCUAUUCAGACUUUUGUGCUGGGUGCCAAUAACCAGGAAACAGUAAAAUAUUUCCAAGAUACUGAUGGGUGUGAAUUAGCUGAAAACAUUACUUAUCUAGGUCGUAAAGGUAUCUUCACUGGAAGCUCAGGACUGCAGAUUGUGUACCUCAGUGGGACAGAGUCUUUAAAUGAGCCGGUCCCAGGUUACAGUUUUAGUCCCCAGGAUGUGUCUUCCCUGAGAACAAUGCUGUGUUCAGCAUCCCAAUUUAAGGGUGUUGAUAUCUUGCUUACAUCCCCCUGGCCCAAGUAUGUGGGGAGCUUCGGGAAUUCUUCUGGAGAAGUGGAUACCAAAAAAUGUGGCUCUUCUUUGGUCUCCAGUCUUGUCACAAGCUUGAAACCAAGAUAUCAUUUUGCUGCUUUGGAAAAGACCUACUAUGAAAGGCUGCCAUAUCGAAACCACAUUGUUCUCCAGGAAACUGCACAGCAUGCCACCAGGUUCAUAGCUCUGGCAAAUGUUGGAAAUCCAGAGAAGAAAAAGUAUCUUUAUGCAUUCAGUAUUGUUCCCAUGAAACUAAUGAAUGCAGCAGACUUGGUGAAACAACCUCCUGAUGUGACUGAAAACCCUUACAGGAAGACCGAGAAAGAAGCAUUCACAGGAAAGCAAAUUCCUACCCCUGAGGAAGAGUCUGCAUGCCAAUUUUUCUUUGAUUUAGAUGGAAAGCACGGAAAGAAGCGUUCAUCUACAGGUAGAGACAGCAAGUCUUCCCCUCACACAAAGCAGCCUUGCAAACUUCCUUGGCCUCCAGGACCCUGUUGGUUUUGUCUUGCCAGCCCUGAAGUGGAAAAGCAUUUGGUGGUCAACAUUGGCACACAUUGCUACCUUGCUCUGGCCAAAGGAGGCUUAUGUGAUGACCAUGUCCUCAUCCUGCCCAUUGGACACUACCAGUCAGUGGUGGAGCUUUCAGCAGAGGUGGUGGAAGAAGUGGGAAAGUACAAGGCUACGCUGAGGCAGUUCUUCAAGAAUAGAGGGAAACGGUGUGUUCUGUUUGAGAGAAAUUAUAAGAGUCAUCACCUCCAACUACAGGUUAUUCCUGUACCACUCAACUGCUGUUCUACUGAUGACAUUAAAGAUGCCUUCAUUACCCAAGCACAGGAGCAACAGAUAGAGCUGUUGGAAAUCCCAGAGCACUCUGACAUCAAGCAGAUUGCACAGCCAGGAGCAGCAUAUUUUUAUGUUGAACUUGACACAGGAGAGAAGCUUUUUCACAGAAUUAAAAAGCAUUUUCCUUUGCAGUUUGGAAGGGAGGUCCUGGCCAGUGAAGCCAUUCUUAAUAUUCCUGACAAGUCUGACUGGAGGCAGUGUCAGAUCAGCAAGGAAGAGGAGGAGACUCUGGCUCUUCGCUUCCGGAAAGACUUUGAGCCCUUUGACUUCUCUCUGGAUGACUAAGCAAGGGGAAGGGCAUUUACGAAUUUGACAGGAAGUAGUAGCAGCCUGUUUUUUAAAGAAAUCACAGUUCCCGUGGGGACUAUUUCUCUGCCUCUAUUUUGUGCAUUCCCAUGGAACCUGCCUGCAGCAAGAGGCCUAAGAUUGAGUAUUUUUUUGAAAAAGUUACAUCAUAGGAUGAAAAUCUUAUGUUGAAAACAUGUCUGUCAUCCAGCUCCAGCUUAUGUUUAUCAGCAUUUUCACAUACAUUUAAACAAUGAAAUAAAAAUGCAAAUGCUUUUCCAUA